GGCUCCGGGGUGUCAUGGACGCCUCCGUGCCGCGGUUUUUGCUGUGGGCCCGGUGCUGACCGCCGCGCGCUGCCCUCGCUGUGGGAUCGCUGCUCUCCCCGCUCGGCGGCGGCGCGGCCAUGGGGACGGUGCACGCGCGGAGUCUGGAGCCUCUUCCAGUGAGUGGGUCUGACUUUGGUGCUUUAGGAGAUGAACCUGAACUAGUUGAAGUUGAACCUGAAGCCAAGCAGGAAGUCCUUGAAAACAAAGAUGUGGUGGUCCAACAUGUACACUUUGAUGGACUUGGAAGGACUAAAGAUGACAUUAUCAUGUACGAAAUUGGUGACCUUUUCAAGGCUAAAAACCUCAUUGAUGUAAUGAGAAAAUCACAUGAAGCUCGUGAAAAGUUGCUCCGUCUAGGAAUUUUUAGGCAGGUGGAAGUUCUGAUUGAUACAUGUCAAGGAGAUGAUGCCCUUCCAAAUGGUUUAGAUGUAACAUUUGAAGUAACAGAACUGAGAAGACUAACUGGAAGCUAUAACACUAUGGUUGGCAAUAAUGAAGGAAGUAUGGUUCUUGGGCUCAAACUCCCUAAUCUCUUUGGACGUGCUGAGAAGGUGACCUUCCAGUUUUCCUAUGGAACAAAGGAAACUUCAUAUGGCCUAUCAUUCUUCAAACCACAGCCUGGAAACUUUGAAAGAAACUUUUCAGUUAACCUGUAUAAAGUAACUGGACAGUUCCCUUGGAGCUCCCUUCGUGAGACUGACAGGGGAAUAUCGACAGAAUUUAAUUUUCCCAUAUGGAAGACCAAUCACACACUGAAAUGGGAAGGUGUUUGGAGAGAGCUUGGCUCUCUUGCAAGAACAGCCUCCUUUUCUGUUCGAGAAGAAAGUGGACACUCUCUUAAAUCUUCUCUCUCACACGCCAUGGUAAUCGAUUCUCGGAACUCUUCAAUCUUGCCUAGACGAGGUGCUUUGCUGAAAAUUAAUCAGGAGCUAGCUGGCUACUCAGGUGGAGAUGUGGCCUUUCUAAAAGAGGACUUUGAGCUUCAGCUGAAUAAGCAACUUUUAUGGGAUUCAGUUUUUUCAGCAACUCUCUGGGGUGGAAUGUUGGUUCCUAUUGGAGAUAAGCCCUCCAGUAUUGCUGAUAGGUUUUACCUUGGUGGACCAACGAGCGUGCGUGGAUUCAGUAUGUACAGCAUUGGACCCCAAAGCGAAGGUGAUUACCUUGGAGGAGAAGCCUAUUGGGCUGGGGGCCUGCACUUGUACACACCUCUCCCUUUUCGGCCAGGUCGUGGGGGAUUUGGAGACCUCUUUAGAACACACUUCUUUCUCAAUGCUGGAAACCUCUGCAAUCUUAACUAUGGUGAAGGUCCCAAAGCUCAUCUCCGGAAGCUGGCUGAGUUCAUCCGAUGGUCUUACGGUGCUGGAAUAGUGCUCAGACUUGGAAACAUUGCUAGAUUAGAACUUAACUACUGUAUCCCUAUGGGAGUACAAAGUAGUGACAGGAUAUGUGAUGGUGUCCAGUUUGGAGCUGGAAUAAGAUUCCUGUAAUAUUACAGAAACAUUUCACGCUUCUGUCAAAAAAGAGAGCACUUGAAUAAAAUAUGGCUCAGUGAUUCCAGGGUUUUUUUCCCUUGAAGUAUAAA